AAACAAGCGCACCCAGCUCCAGGACGAGAUGAAAUGCGGAAGUGGCUUUUCUGUCAAGUAUCUAAACAUUGCUGCUCCCCAGUAGAGGAGAGAGCUUUGAUCAGCUCUCGGCCCCCCCGCCACCUCCCGGCUGCAGCAGAGACACACGGACACAGAUCUGGGAGUCCUGUGAGUGGAGAAGAUGCUGCAGGAAUCAUCAGUAGACGGAAGUGGCUCCAGGUUUACUCCUCUGGUGGUGGCGGAGCUGGCCCCUGACACCAACCAGGAGACCAUUGCAUGGCUGCUGAGCAGGAUAAGAGACAGACAACAGAAUGGAGGUGCUGAGCUGCUGGUGGAGCAGAUGGGCCUCGGAGUGGCCGAGGAGAAAGAAAACCCCAACAUGUUCCUGAUCGGGGCUUCGUGGCAGAGACUGCUCGCUGGCGCUGAGGAAAUUGGACUCUUCAGGGAGUACAAAGAUGGAUCCAUGAGAGGCUUCACCUGCGCUAACAAACACAACUUCAAAGACUUUGAAGGGGACGGAGACAGCUUCCUCAGCAUGGCCGAGUGUCAGCACAUCAUCAAGCACGAGCUGGACACUUUAAGAGCCAAAGAUGAGACGCAUGUACCGGGACACGACUCGGCCAAGCUCUAUCCCGGGAAAUCUAUCGUCCGCAGACUGCAGUCCAAAGGGAUCCUGAUCCAAAUUUUCCCUCUCCAUGAGAAUGAGGAACUCAAGAGACUUUCGUUCUCCUGGUACAAAAGGGUGAAGUUGUCCCUGCAGCCGUUAGAUGAAAUCCGACACUACUACGGGGAGGGUCAGGCCCUCUACUUUGGCUUCCUGGAGUACUUCACCUUUGCCCUGAUGCCUAUGGCUCUCAUCGGAGUGCCUUACUACCUGUUCGACUGGGAGGACUACGAUAAAUAUGUCAUCUUUGCUGCAUUCAACUUGGUGUGGUGCACUGUUAUCCUGGAGUUUUGGAAGCGUUGCAGUGCCUCACUAGCCUACCGAUGGGGCACGCUGAGCAGGAAGAAGGCCUUUGAAGAGCCUCGGCCCGGUUUCCACGGCGUCCUAGGGUUCAACCCUGUGACGGGCCGCGAGGAGCCGGUCUACCCCAACGUCAAGAGGCAGCUGAGAGUCUACCUUGUGUCGGUGCCCUUCGUCCUGCUCUGCCUCUAUGUGUCCCUCUACAUCAUGAUGAUCUACUUUCUGAUGGAGGGGUGGGCGCUGUCGGUCCACGCUGAGGAGCCCACAUUCUGGACCGAAGUUCUCUUGUACAUCCCCAGCAUCAUCUACGCCGUGGUCAUCGAGAUUCUGAACCUCAUCUACAGAUACGCUGCUGAGUUCCUCACCGAGUGGGAGAACCACAGGCUGGAGUCUUCAUAUCAGAAUCAUUUGGUCCUUAAAGUUUUAGUAUUCAACUUCUUCAACUGUUUCGCCUCGCUGUUCUACAUCGCCUUUGUCAUGCAUGACAUGGCGUUGCUCAGACAGAGUCUGGCCACUCUGUUGAUCACCAGUCAGAUCUUGAAUCAGUUCAUGGAGGCCUUUCUGCCCUACUGGCUCCAGAGGAGACGCAACAAGAAGAUGACCCGCAAAGUCCAGAAGAGAAAAACUCUGGACGAGAAACAGCUGCCUCUGAUCGAGCAGGUCCGACUGGAGGCCGACAUGAGCACAUACCUGGGCACAUUCGAUGAUUACUUGGAGCUGUUCCUGCUGUUUGGUUACGUCAGUCUGUUCUCCUGUGUCUACCCUCUGGCUGCCGUCCUGGUGGUGUUGAACAACAUCACAGAGGUUUACUCUGAUGCCUUCAAGAUGUGCUCCGUGUUCAAACGACCCUUCUCUGACCCAGCAGCAAAUAUAGGAGUCUGGCAGCUCGCCUUCGAGGCCAUGAGUGUGAUCGCUGUGGUCACCAACUGUUCGCUGAUCGGCAUGUCUCCACAAGUCAAGGCUUACUUCCAGGAUUCAGAUCAGCAGCUUAUAUUCUGGACAGUCGCUGUUGAGCAUACUCUGUUGGCCGUCAAGUUCAUCCUGGCCUUCCUCAUCCCAGAUGUUCCCAAACACAUCCAGAUCCAACUGGCACGCCUGGAGUACGAAUCGUUGGAGGCGCUCAAGAAGAGGAAAAUGCUGGAAGCCUCGGAGCUCAGUAAGUGAGGAGGAGAGGAAGCUGUACAGAUACUGACGGACCGCUACAUCAUUUUGUUGUUUACACCCCUGUGCUGAUACGCAAUCACAUGUAUGUAUUAAGACAAAGCCACGUGUUAUUUUUGGGGGGGUUUAUGUUGCUGAUGUCCAUGGUGUUCAAAUGCAAUAUCUCCCCCGCAUCACUAAAGAAGGAAACGACGGUAAACUGUUCUCAGAGUUUAGGAUUGGACCGCUGUGUCAGAUACACAGCUGUGAUAACUGGUGUGUUGAGUUUGUAUUUAAAGGAGGUGUACUGUAAUGAAGUGUUAUUUCAGGGGACACUCGGUGGGAUUAAACGGGAUAAAUGACCUUUAGAAUCACGUAAGAAUGCUGAAUUAUGAUCGACGAUACUUUACCAAAUAUAGAUGUUAUAUCAGAGACUGUAGAUGGAAGGAGUUUGUUGUGUAGUCACUUAGGGUUGGGUUCUUUGAGUACUGUGGUGGUCUGGGAUUAUGCAACUGUAAAGGUUUGUUCACAUAAAAUGACAAGUUAUGAGUUCUCACUCCACAGGAUGAUGGUGUGCACGACAUAAAGUUACCUCUCCAAAGCCUCCAUGCAACAACACACUGACUUAAACUGACUUAAAAUGAAUGAUGCUGAUUAUCCUUCAGUACUAAAGCUGCUUUAAUUACAACACAUUCUGUAUGCUUGACUCCAAUUCUACACUCAAAGUAUGGAAAAAUGACGGCCUUAACAUUUCACCUCUAGAAAACCUGAUUUUAAUCACCACUAAAAACAAACAAUUCAAUAUUUGACCUUGAAAACCAUUUUUAUUUAACUAUCUGCAGAGGUAUACGCCUCUCUUGAACAGUCAAACCUGCGAAUAAAAACUGUUUAAACACUGAA